GAUUUUGGCUGAUGCUGUGUUGUGAGUAGCUUAUCAAAAACAUUAAAUCAUGCCCGGUGAGACAGCGGUUAAAAUAAUGUCUUUACCGUGAAUACACACAGUACAAGUUACAUUUUUAAACUUGUCUACACGCUUAUAAAUUAGCUUUCCGUGUGAGAGGUAGUUUCAAACGGUGUUUUUGUGCCGAGGCCUUGUCGCAAACCCAACCGUUCGCCAAGUCUCGUAUAACCGUCCGGGAUUUCAUGUUGUUCAGGUUUUUUAUUAAAAUUAAGUGUUUUUCCGUCGGAAGAUGGACACUGAUAAAUUCAACUAUGUUUACAGCUGUGACAUGGACAUCAAUGUUCAACUUAAGAUAGGCAGUUUAGAGGGGAAACGAGAGCAGAACAGCUACAAAGCUCUGCUGGAAGACCCCAUGCUGCGGUUCUCCGGCCUCUACCAGGAAAACUGCUCGGACCUCUACGUCACCUGUCAGGUGUUCGCUGAAGGAAAACCUCUCGCCCUGCCCGUCCGCACCUCGUACAAGGCGUUUAGCACACGUUGGAACUGGAAUGAGUGGCUGCGGCUGCCCGUCAAGUACCCGGACCUUCCCCAAAGUGCCCAGGUUGCUCUCACAAUUUGGGACAUAUAUGGACCUGGCAGAGCGGUCCCAGUUGGAGGAACCACUGUCACCCUGUUUGGCAAAUAUGGUAUGUUCCGGCAAGGGAUGCAUGACCUGAAAGUGUGGCCAGGUGUGGAGGGGAACGGAGGCGAGCCCACCACCACACCCGGACGCACCAGCAGCAGCCUGACGGAGGACCAGAUGGGCAGACUCGCCAAGGGCCCUGACCUGGAGAUACUAGGUGAUCUGACGAAGGCCCAUCGACAGGGCCACAUGGUGAAGGUCGACUGGCUGGACCGUCUGACCUUCAGAGAGAUUGAGAUGAUCAACGAGAGUGAGAAACGCAGCUCUAACUUCAUGUACCUCAUGGUGGAGUUCCCCCGCGUCAAAACAAAUGACAAGGAGUACAGCAUUGUUUAUUACGAGAAGGAUGGAGACGACGCAUCACCUGUUCUCACCAGCUGCGACAUCGUCAAAGUUCCUGACCCUCAGAUGGCGAUGGAGAACCUGGUUGAGAGCAAGCAUCACAAGCUGGCUCGAAGCCUCCGCAGCGGGCCAUCGGAUCACGACCUGAAGCCCAACGCCGCCACGAGAGACCAGCUCAAUAUCAUCGUGAGCUACCCUCCAACGAAGCAGCUGAGCUCUGAAGAGCAGGACCUGGUGUGGAAGUUCAGAUACUACCUCACCACGCAGGAGAAGGCCCUGACAAAGUUCCUGAAGUGUGUGAACUGGGACCUGCCCCAGGAGGCCAAGCAGGCCCUGGAGAUGCUGGGGAAGUGGAGGCCGAUGGACGUGGAGGACUCCCUGGAGCUGCUGUCCUCCCAGUUCUCCAACCCCACGGUGCGACGCUACGCUGUGACGCGCCUGCAGCAGGCCGACGAUGAGGACCUGCUGAUGUACCUCCUGCAGCUGGUCCAGGCGCUGAAGUACGAGAACUUCAACGAUAUUCAGGGCGGCCUGGAGCCAGGCAGCAAGAGAGACAGCCAGGGACUUUCAGACGAGUCCACCAUGGACAGUUCACAGAUCCUGACUGGCACAUCGGGAUCUUCCACUGCGCCACAGAAAGGCAAGGAGGGAGCCGACAGUGAAACUCAAGAGCAGGACUUGUGCACAUUUCUCAUCUCCCGAGCUUGCAAGAACUCCGAACUCGCCAACUAUUUAUAUUGGUAUGUGAUCGUGGAGUGUGAGGACCAGGACACCCAGCAGAGAGACCUCAAGACCCACGAGAUGUACCUGAACGUCAUGAGGAGGUUCAGCCAGGCUCUGCUCAAGGGUGAUAAGAGUGUGAGGGUGAUGCGGUCGCUGCUGGCCGCUCAGCAGACGUUUGUGGACAGACUGGUGCAGCUGAUGAAAGCCGUGCAGAGGGAGAGUGGAAAUCGAAAGAAGAAGACGGAGCGCCUGCAGGCUCUGCUGGCGGACAACGAGAAGGUGAACCUGUCAGAGAUCGAGCCCAUCCCUCUCCCUCUGGAGCCUCAGAUCAGGAUCAGAGGCAUCGUGCCCGACACAGCCACGCUCUUCAAGAGCGCUCUGAUGCCAGCUAAACUGAUCUUCAAAGCUGAGGAUGGAGCCAUGUACCCGGUUAUCUUCAAACACGGAGACGACCUGAGGCAGGAUCAGCUCAUCCUGCAGAUCAUCUCUCUCAUGGACAAACUUUUAAGGAAAGAGAAUUUGGACCUGAAGUUGACGCCGUACAAAGUGUUGGCCACCAGCACCAAGCACGGUUUCAUGCAGUUUGUCCAGUCUGUCCCCGUUGCUGAAGUCCUGGCGACUGAAGGCAACAUCCAGAGCUUCUUCAGGAAGCAUGCCCCCAGUGAGAAGGGGCCGUACGGCAUCAGCUCCGAGGUGAUGGACACAUAUGUGAAGAGCUGCGCUGGUUACUGCGUCAUCACAUACAUCUUAGGAGUAGGAGACAGACACUUGGACAAUCUGCUACUCACCAAAACCGGGAAGCUCUUCCACAUCGACUUCGGCUACAUCCUGGGUCGAGACCCCAAACCGCUGCCUCCGCCCAUGAAGCUGAGCAAAGAGAUGGUGGAGGGGAUGGGGGGCAUGCAGAGCGAGCAGUACCAGGAGUUCAGGAAGCAGUGCUACACCGCCUUCCUGCACCUCAGGAGAUACUCCAACCUGAUCCUGAAUCUGUUCUCUCUCAUGGUCGAUGCCAAUAUUCCUGACAUCGCCCUGGAGCCUGACAAGACCGUUAAGAAGGUGCAGGACAAGUUCCGAUUGGACCUGUCUGACGAGGAGGCGGUGCAUUACAUGCAGAGUCUGAUAGAUGAGAGUGUGGGCGCUCUGUUCGCUGCUGUGGUCGAGCAGAUACACAAGUUUGCUCAGUACUGGCGCAGAUGAGGCUGAACUGGAUCGAACUUCGUCAACACGAGCACACGGUGGGAUCACGCGCUCCAUCCCGUGUGUGUGUGGAAGAAACUCAAUGACUCUGUUAAAAAGGCCAAGAAUGCAGUGCCAACAUUUACUGCAAGAUGGUUGAACAAAGACACGGCUUUCUUUGUUUGCUCAUGUAUAUAUAAUGUAUAUUAAUUAUUAAAUGAAUGAAUGAUGUAUGGCCAAAAUAAAAAAUUGUUGAUACAAGUUUGUUUUUUUAACUUGUGCGUUUUUAUCAUUUUACCCCAGAACUUGCUGCUAUGCAGGGUUUAUGGCCCGGAACAUGUUUCUAAAUUGAGCAUCGCUGACCAUCUGUGGACGGUCCUAGCGUCGCUGAUGGGGGUAAACACAAGUCCAACCCCAAGAGGGUUGAUGAGUCACACAGCGAGUGACUAAGCAUUUCCUGCCACAUAGAGAAAGAAGCUAUAUUUCUGACGUGAAGGUCUUUAUUUAAAGUUUCUCUGUUCUGUUAAUGACCACUAAUACUCUAAAACAAAGGCAGCCAAAUCUAAUGUUUAAACAAUGCACCUGCAGACAACAUAUGGAAGUAGAUGCAGCUCUAACUGGUUUACUUGACCUUUAAUUAAGAACUUAUUAAAGUAUACAGGGAGCUUAAAAAUGAUUGGGUUUUUGACACGUGGAAAUGUCAAGUACAUUUAUGACUAGGUACUUGAACUUCACUCAGUGUUCUUGUUUUUCAUGCCAAUUGUUACGUUUUCUCCAUUACAUUUCCAAGGGAGAUAUUCUCUUACACUCACAACAUUUACAUGUAAGAUUGUGCUACCUGUAAAUAAAGAUAUUUGCACAAAA